AGAGAGAGAGAGAGAGAGAGAGAGAAGGAAGCAGGGACAGUUGGAUAAUGGGAUUGAGGGAGCGAGAGCAAGGAGUAGAGAGAAACAGACAGAGUGAGAGACAAAGUUGGGGUACACCUGACCUUAAGAAGGGAGGGUAGCUUCUCUGCUAGCCACACACACGCACAAUUACACACAGGCAGAGGCAGUGAGCCAGGCAGCAGAGAGCCUGCCUACCAGCAGCCAUGACAGACACUGACUCCCUGAGUGAGGCACUAAAGGCUAUCAGUGUAAGCACAGAGCUGAUUGAGGAGGAGCUCAAGCCUCAUUUGGACACAGUGUUGGCUGCUCUGCUGGAAAAGAAGAAAGAUGCUGCUGUUGAGAUUGCCAGGAGCGGUAUUCUACCCACACUGGCUCAGGCCUUACGGUGUAAAAGCAGUCUGAGCUGCCAGGUGGCUCUGGUGGUGGCAGAGAUGGCACGAGAAGCAUCAGUUAGGGAGCCGUGCAUUGAGGCAGACCUGGUGAAGGUGCUGGUCCCCCAUCUGAACAGCAAUAAUGAGGAGAUGCUGCUGAAUACUGGCAGGGCCAUCGGACGAAACUGCUUUGACAACUCAUACCAACAGGACCAGUUAGUCCAGAAUGGAGUGAUCCCCAGACUGGUGAGCAUAAUAAGGGAGUAUCCAGAGAAUGACCCGCUGGUCAAUGUCUGCCUGCUGGCCCUCUGUAAUCUGGCUGACAUGGAUUCUGCGCGGGACGCCCUGGCAGAGCAGGGUGUGGCAGAUGUGCUGACAUUUCAGCUGAAACGGGCACCUGAUGCAGAACGUCGGCAUAUCAUUCUGGAAAUACUGGGCUCACUGGGCGAGAGUGAUACACUGAAGCUGCAGUUUGCAGAGUCAGGUGUUCCUGAGGCUUUAUCAGAGAUGAUUCGGGGCCUACAGGGAGGUUCUGACCCCCACGACCUCUGCAGCAUCAAAAUUGCGUCCAACCUCAUAGUGUCCCUGCUUUUAGGAGAUGAGUCCAUGCAGAAGUGUUUUGGUGAGGGAUCAGGUCUGGUUUAUCAGGAUGUUCUCUCCUGGCUGCAGAGCUCCAAUACCCAGCUGCAGCUGUCUGGAGCCCUCGCCAUUGCCAACUUUGCAAGGAACGACAGUAACUGUGUGAAGAUGCUGGACCUCGGUGUGGUUCCACACAUCCUGACCUUGUUGGAGCAGCAUGUCGAUGAAGGAGACGUGUCUGUUCAACAUGCUGGACUGAGCGCGCUCAGGAACCUGGCCAUUCCUGCUACCAACAAGGUGCGGAUGCUGGAGGAUGGAGUGACAGAGAGGAUAAAGACUCUGCUGCGCUCUGACAUGCCGCCAGUUCAGUUCAAACUUCUGGGGACACUACGCAUGAUGGUGGAUGGACAAGAGGAGGCAGCCUUGGUGCUGGGAAGAGAUGCUGUGUUGCUGGCUCGGGUCAUGGAGUGGUGUGAAGCCAAAGACCAUGCAGGAGUCAGAGGAGAGGCCAGUCGCCUACUGGCUGCCUUUAUCAGACACAGCCGCAACCCUGAAGUUGUCAGUGCUGUAGCCAAAGCAGCUGGGGUUCGGCAGCUUAUCUCCAUGACAACAAGUGAGCAUGUCAUCAUGCAAAACGAGGCCCUGGUUGCCCUGGCGAUAGCUUCUGCCAUUGAUAUCGAGUCUGUGAAAGAUACAUUUAGAGAUGCUGAGCUGCUGUCCAUGCUGAAAAGGAUGCUGGAGGAUCCUGCAGAGGUGGUCGAAGUCAAGUUCAGUGCUUUGGGACUCAUCUGCAGCCUGGCUAACUCCAGUGUGAUGAAGGAGGAGUUGAACUCUGUGAAUAUUAAGGAAAGCCUCAGUAAACUGACAGAUCAUAGCAGCAGUAAACUUGCCUCGCAGGCCAGCUCCAUAUUGACCAUCCUUGAUGACACCAGCUAAACCAGCAUGCAGCAACAAAAGAUCUAAUCUACUGUAUUAAUUUAUCGAGGUUAUCCAAUGCCAUACUUGAGUUCAAAUUAACUUACCCCACAAAUAUUGUUAAAUAUUAAACUGGCUUUUAAAUAUGUCACCUGUUUUGUUGAAACAAGACUAAGGAUCUAUUUCCCCAAUAGCAGCCCCGAGUGGCUGCAAUGUUCACAGAAGCAUAAACAACAAAUUUGUUUCAGUUCUUUAAGGAUCACUGAAAGGAGGAAUGAAAGUGUACGUUUAGUGUGAGUUAUAGCUUACAGGGAAAAGCCAUGGUUCAUUCAAUCAGGAGCAUGACUGUACAAAAAUAUUCUUUUGUCAUCUUCCAGAUGGCCCUAUAAUCUGAUGUCCAUGGAGGACAUUUUGGAGUGAGAGAGGGAAGGUCGGAGUGUGUAUAGCAUGGGGAGGGUUUGACUUUAGGGAACAUGAACACACUCAGUAGAUUUAAUUGAAAUCUGUCGGUCAUAAUUUUUACAUUAUUUGUUCACAAACAUGAGUACAUUUUGACUGUCAUCCAGUAGCUGUUGUGGUGUCUUGCUCUUGACUAAAAGGAUGGUGGCAGGACAGAUAGACUGAGGUCAAUUUGUGUGGGCUCUACCAGUAUAGGUUUUAAAAAGUGUGGCCAAAUAACUUUCAAACCUUUUGUAUGUUCUAUUUAACACCAAAGAAGGAAAGAAAUAUCUCCAAUCAAUUUUGAGAAUGUAAUGUACUUGUAAUUGUAAUGUAUUUUUGCAAGCCAUUUUUAGGGUUUAAUAUCUUCAGAAAUAUAACUCUUAGUAACCAUGAAAUUUGGUAAGGGCACAGACAAUACACUGUUUUACAGAUCCACAUGAUUGCAAUGCACAAGCAGAUGUCAUAUUCAGUUUUUUCCCCUUGUAAAUGGAAAAAGAGCAAAA